CCGAUGCAAACUGUGCAUCUGCUAACUUAGGUAUGAAACAGUCCAGCAGGAUUCUAGCCUGAGAGUCCAGGCUGGAGGUGCAUUGCUUUCAAGUGUCUGCUUGUUAAAGGCGGACAGAAGCAGACUUCGGAGCAGCUCCUCAAAUCAAGCCGGUAAGAGUAAUUGGUCUCGCCGGUGUGGUCUCGCUCGUCUUGUAGUUGUGGCGGCACUGCCAAGCAGGUUCGAUGAUGGCUUCUGGCGGAACAAAGAGGCCUCUGGAGGAGCAGACUCCCUCCCAGGCGAAUGCCAUUGCCCCACCAGAAGCAAAGAAAGGGCGUAAACCCGAAGAAAUCAAGCUGCAACCAAUCAAGAAGAGCUUGAAUGAUCGAGUGAAGAGACUGGCCAAGAUGGUGGACCUUGACUGGCAUGAUGGUUGGCCGGAGCAGGAAGAGGAGCUGGGAGAGUAUCUGAGCAAUCUGGAUGCACACUUUCAAUCAGUCUACAACUUCGGAGUUACGAUGAACACGAAUCAUGGUGACUGCCACAAAAUUCUGCUCAUAAUAGCUGACACGUGGGAAAACAUGAAGACCAUCCCAAUGCGCGGUACAAUUGAGUGCGUAGUUAAAUCCAAUGACACUGACCCGAUCAUGAUUUACCUCGCCAACUGGGGCAAGGACAAGUGGAAGACUUUCUGGGGGUCACCCGAGGGCCCUCUCGGCUACAUGUGGAGGUUGCUCCUGCAGAGCGCUGCUGGCAAUCCAAGAAUAAAAGACGAGAAACUACUCCAGUACAUCAAGGAUGCAACUGAUUACAACGUCGACCUUUUUAAUAAGUCGCAGCCGGAUGAUGACGAAGGGCAGCUUGUGAUCACGGAGGUCGACGCGCACAUGAAAGCGGGCCUGGAGCGUCUGAAGCUGCUGCAUGCUCAGGAUCACAGGUGGAAGAGCCUGCCAACUCACAAGAAGGUACACGAGGCGAGGAUGAUGAUCGACCGUCGAUGGGACGGGCCAAAGCAUCUAAGGACCAGACCCUGUUCCGACUCUGACGACGACUACUGAUUGCUGUAUGCAUGGACUGACCGAUUUUGUCUCCGAUAUCAAGGGGGUGUGCUUCUGGGUUAGAUCAAAAUAUGUACAUAACUGUAGUUCUCCCGCCGCUGGUGGAUCCGUGAUAUUGAAGACGAAGGUGAUAAAACAUUCUUGCACAGACUCGGCAACGGGCAUGGCAUCUAAGAACUUUAUAGUACAUUGUCAAUUGCAUGACGUCUGAGGGUCUAAAAUGUUCGUAGGCCUCGAAGCUUGUCAUAGUAGACCUUCUGAUUUGUAUUAUGAAUAACUCUGGCCUGCUUUAUGGCAAACAGUAUAGAUGGAAAUGACCCUUCUGGUAGUCAGGAAAAGUUGAUGCUGCAGAAGUUUAUGUGAGCAUAUCAAGCGCUAUUCUCCGUGUAAAACAUUACCGGUAUCCUGAUUGACCUUCAAGUUGCAAUAAGAUUCUGAGUAGGAAAAGAGGCAUAAGCGCAAAUCAACCAAGUUUGAACCGAUCAAAGUGCAUGUCAGUGUUUCGCAGUUCCAAAAUCCUCGUUGGCGACAGUACAACGAGAUUAUAGAAGAUAUGGC